GUGGGCUGCAUCUGCCAAUAACUUUUUCUUACUGCCCAUAUUACAAGAUGUCCAGAUUAGGAGCAAACGUACCACACAAAGCGGCUAGAUACAUUGGCGCAGCAGCGGCUGCUCUUUCUUGUGUCUCACUUCUUGAAAUAAUACCUCAUACUUUGUGCAUUGAAAGGUAUAAGAAGUUUCUUGCCAAGUACAAACGUGGAGAAGAGGUACCAGUACAUGAAAAUACAAAGAAGCUGUUCAGUGAAGUUUUGGAUGAUUUAAAAGUUAAGCCCAAGUACAAAGAACUUUAUGAACCUUUCAUCAUAACAGGCUUUGAUACGUACAAUGCAGGAAUCGCUACGAACAGGUGUAAAGUAAUUAUUGGUAUUCCUAGUUAUUUCAUUUACAAAAACAAAAGUUUAGUUGAUGUAAUGGAUAUUCGAAUUGGUUCUAAUCGAGCACUUCUCAAUCCUUAUGACCCAACUACAGAAAAUCUUGUUGAAUCGCUUGUGCUUUCAGAGAAGGCCAAAAAGUAUGGUAUUGCUCGUGAAGUUCUGAUGAGUCAGUGGAAUUUGCCUUUAUAUCGUGUACUUGAAUCUCCAACAAUAAUCACCUGCUCAAUUAUCAUAUCAGAUGUGAUGCAAAAACGAUAUCAAAUAUUUCAGAAACCAUUAAUUGUUGCGGUUUUUGCUUAUUUUGGUUUAGGUUUGAUGAGUUUUGCAACGUGGUUUCAAAUACGAGAUGCAUUAAAUAACUAUUUUGAGAAAAGUGUGGAUGAGCAGUUGGCAAAGCUAGGUCGAGAUUAUGUAGAAGGUGGAAAGGAGUUUUAUGAAAAGCUGUUAAAAAGAAAUGUUGCAGUCAGAAAGUUACUUGGACCACAUGGAAAAAAACGGUAUAAUCAAUUAGGUGAUGAAAUUCGUUUUAUUCGUCAUAAAAAAACACCGCUUACAGAAAGAAAAAAAUUCUUUGAAGAUUACAAAGUUCCUGAAACACUAAUUCAAGGUGAACGAUUGACUGCAUAGAUUGCAGUCUAGGGAUCCGUUAUCAAAAUGUUUUUAUUAGUUGUUAAAUAUCACGUGUGUGUGCACCUAUGUAUGAAUUCCCAAAUAAAACAAUUAAACCAUUUUGUACCGUUA